UUUUUAAUUUGCAUUAAUUUUCAUAUUUCCUACAGUUAUUUACACACUCAUCCAUUAUUGUUUAUAUACCAAAUGUUUAAAGACACCCGUGUCACAGCUAUUGGAAGCUUUAUUGCAAUGCAUUUUCAAAAAUGAAAUUGAAGUGACGCCAUCGCGCCAUGCCAUAGUUAUUGUUGACCUAGGAGUUAUCCUUGAUAAUCUUGUAACGGGUUUGCUUAUAGAUUAUAUGUUUACAAAGUUGAUGAAAUCAUCUCUCUCCAAAGAAAGAUGUAGAAUAAUUAACAGCUGUUGUGUCAAACAUUUGCAGAGGGGUGAGAGAAAUGACCUUGACCUUGGAAAUUUCAGGUUGGAAUAGAAGCCCAGGUAUCUGAAGAGGAAUUCGACACACAUAAAUUAAAAGAUGGAGGAGGAAGUCUUUGAUAUGCAUGUUUGCCUAGUCUGUCAAUCAACAGUAGUGGGCCUGCUCAACUAUGUCAACCACAAAAAGUUUGACUGUCCAGGGAGGAAGGCACCUGAAGUGGUGCCCGCCAGCACUUCUGUCUCCCACGUCCAGUCACCACCAGCUAGCAGUGUCACGAGCAGCCAGGUCCAAACUGCAGCUGUGGAGACGGUUUCUAUUACUAGGGAGAAGACUGAGGAGUACAUGCAUCACAUGGGGGGUCUCCACCUGCUGGCCAGUCAGUGUCAACCCACGUCUGAAACAACGUCUGCCGAGACAAAUCUAAAUCAGUCUCACUCUGACCUGUCAACAGAUCCCCGUAGCGUAAGUCCACAACCUAUACCCCAAAAUCUGAUGUUUCAGCAGAACGGUAUCAUCCAGCAAACUUCAAUUGCAGUUGAACAGAACCUGGAUAUUCAACAGAAUGGUCUUCCAAAUUCGCAACCAUCUGUGACUAUAUCUGAUCAAGAAUUGUCUGUGGUGAUUGAUUUCAGCUCGGUUAAGAAUGAUAUUUUCAGUCCCAGCAAUGGUCAUGGAGUGGAUCCGAACGAGGUGAUGAAUGAUGCAGCGAGUAAAGAAAAACCAGACUUUUUCUCCUCCCUCGCUCUUCAGAGUAAGUCCUCCACAUCCAAAGAUCCUGGACACAGUGAAAGUAUGUUUGGAGACCAAGGUCACAGCAGUAUAAAUGAACUACCUAUAACGAAUAUUCUGAACAGUCUGAAUUUCAGUGAUGACGAUUUGGACUUUGAUGAAGACUUUUUGGAAGAGGCAUUCUCGGAUGAGUCUGAUGUGGAUUAUCCACCUCCCGAACACACACAUGGAAAGUGGAAACCAGGAGAAGGGCCUCACCAUUCCACAGGCGGAAAGUGGAGGUCGCAGAGGACUUUAAUCAGUACGGGUGGAAAGUGGAAGCCGGGGAUGCUGAGAGAGGGUGGAGGGAAAGGGAAAGGAAAGCCAUUAAAAACAAAGACUACAGAAGUAACUUCAGAGUAUUACUGCAAUACUUGUGAUAUGUCUUUCAAAUCUAGAUACAUUUACUCUGCUCAUUGUGGUGGGAAAAUGCAUAAAAAGAGAAAGAAAUCGGGGAAGAAGAUGGAUGAAGAUGAAUCGGUAGCAGAGGAAACUGAAAAUAAAACUGAGGCACCAGAGGAAGAGAAAGUUGAAAAAGAGUCAGUAGCCCCGCUUUCACAGGAGGCUUCAACUGAGAAUGGACAGUCUGAAAUCAACAAUGCGGAAAGCACGAAGGAAACCACAAUGCCAGAUGUUACAAUUAAACCGAAACAAGAAGCUUUUGAACCAGAAUGUAACAUAUGUGAUCAGAAAUUUGCCAACUUGUACGUUCUGACAAGACAUUUACUGUCUAGGAAACAUAAGAAUAGGACAAAAGGAGAGAAGGACACUAUAAAGAUAUUGGACAUGUAUCACAAAUUUAUUGUCAGGUUAAGUCCAUUUCAGUGUGGAUUAUGUCAAUACUACUUCAAUCAAGAAAGCGACCUGGUGUCUCACCUAAAAGAGUCUGUUCAUAAAAACCAAUGUAAAAAACUGCCUGGCGAGUUGAGCUGUACUUUGUGUCAGUACAGUAGUCACUCAAACGAUGAUCUGGUGGAUCACAUGAUGAAUAACAUAAGGCAUAGAGAGGCUGCUCUAAAAGGGAAAAAACUCUGUAUCAUCAGAGAAAAGUGGUUUAUGGCCGAAUGCAAGUUUUGCAAAAAGAAAAUGCAUUCAAGGGUGCACAUGAAACGGCAUGUUCGAUCAAAACACAGGAAAGAGCUAAAUUCAGUAGGCCAUAUCAUAGGAGAGUCCCAAAUUGAUGCAGUAGGAGAAUUUUCCUGCAUCGAAUGCAACAACAGGAAGUUCAAGACAUACAAUGCCUUUGUGAUUCACAUGAAUCGGCGUCAUGGAGACAGUGAUGCAGCCAUUUGUGAACUCUGCAACAAGGUCUUGUCAGGGAGAAAUAGCUUUUCUCAGCACAUGAAAAGCAAGAAGCAUAAGAAGAAAGAAAUGAUGAGGUACAUUGCAAAUCAAGUGGGUAAACUAGAGGUAGAAACAGCAGAACAGGAGAAGAAGCAGGAGAAUGUUGUAAAAGAGGAAGAGGGAGAAAAGGAAAUGAAAGAGGAGGAAGUGAAGAAUGAGGAGAAGGAAGAAGCAGAGGAGGAUGAAUACACCAAACUAAAAUAUAACACCCAAAAACCUGAUGUCCCCGGAAUGUAUGAACGAGCCCACAAUAACCACCACCUGAAAAAGCCCAGAGGUCCUUACAAGAAACGAGGCAGAAAACCCUCUGAUAAACCAGUCCAGGAGAAGAUCUUUAAGUGUAAUCAUUGUGAUUUUAUGGUUCCCAAGUAUGCAGAUCUUAGGCCCCACUACAUGGAGGUUCAUUCCAAGGAGAUCCUGGUCUGUGAUCUCUGUGACAUAACUUUUCUAAACGAGAAAGCACUGAAGCUUCACUACUCGGGAAAGCAGCAUCAGGCCAAUUUAGCCCAUGUGGAAGACACCAAUACAAACGAAGAGGGAGAAACUAGCAUCUUCCACUGUCACAUCUGUAACAAGAGGUUCACAGACGAAGCGUGGAAACAGUUCCACAUUGAUGUGUACCAUUUGCAUCCAAACUCAGAGGACCUACUGAUGAAGGAGUUAGGCAGGCCAGACAUCACUUGGGAGAAGUACAAAGAUUUCUUAGAGCAAGUGAAGAAUUGUGAACGAAGUGAGAGAAUACCUUGCAUCGAGUGUGGGAAAGAAUUGAAAAAGGAUUACAUGUUGGAGCAUCUUCGUCUGCACUCGGGCGAUCGUCCAUUCAAGUGCCGCUACUGUAACCUGGGAUUUAUGUCCCCUCUGUCUCUGAGGCGUCAUCUGUUGACCCACCUGGGGUUAACUGAGAGGAGUUGUGAUAUCUGUGGCAAGAAGUACAAAAAAGUGGAAUCGUACAGGGAACACAUGAGGCAGCAUGCUAUGGAAAAACAGGGAGUUCAGAAGCUGAUGUGUGAUGUGUGUGGCAUGUCCUUCUACCUCCAACGUCAACUCAAGCAUCACAUGCGGAGACAUGGGGAGAAAAAAUUUAAAUGUGCUGUUAAAGACUGUCACUGGAGUUUCUAUUUCGCCAAUGAACUCGAUGCUCACAUGAAGUCCCACACGAAACUCCGCCCUUUUCUCUGUGACCAAUGUGGGUAUUCAGCAGGAACGAAAAAUAGACUGUUACGUCAUAGUCGAACUCACACCGGAGAAAGAAAUUUCCACUGUGAAUACUGUACGUACAAAGCUGGUACCAGAACUCACCUUCGCCGUCACAUGAGAAUCCAUAUAGGUUCAAAGCCUUACAAGUGUCCGUACUGUAAUUAUUCAUGUAACACUCAUGAAAACAUUCGCAAACAUAUAAUGAAAACAAAGAAACACGAAGGAUUGUUUAUUUACCCGUGUAAAUUUUGUGAAUGGGGUACAAACACUGUCAAUGAAUUCCGUGCUCACUCCAAAAUAAACCAUCCUGAACAUUAUGAUGAUGAGAAAUAUGAAGGAAUAGCAGCAGUGAUGGGGUUAUACGUGAAGGAAGAAGAUCUUCAGAAACCCACAGAAGGAAUGAAGAUAAACCCUGUCAAGGAGCGUAAACCCCGGGAACUCUCCUCCACCCAACCACCACAGAAAAAAAUCAAAUCCGAGAGUGUAACCCAAACUGUGGAGGACCCUAUUAUCAUAGUGCCGAGCUACUCUCAGGAAGAAGUAGUGGAGCAUUAUGGGACUGUCGACUAUCACAUUCCGUACAGCGGUCACAAUGACACAGACAUCACACGACCUUGGAAUCCUACAUCCCAGAUAGAAACGGAGCGCGCCGUUAGAACAGUUAUCGUUCCUUCAACAGCCGGUGAAACUGUGAUCACAUACGAAUACGAAACAAGGGAGGAAAAUCCUAACGGGCCAAGAAUUGCUGGCGAACUUUUCUACACCAGCUAGUCUGAAUAUCUUUCUCAGUAGAGUGUCAUUCAUGACGGUAUGAGAGGAUGUUUUCAUCUUCAUUCAUAUUAAAUUCAGAGGACUGAGAAAAUAACAUAGUAUUUUGAAAUCGGUUGAAAGAAGAAUUUAGUUGUUGAUAACAAUCCGUAAUAGUGUUAUCUCCUUGUUAUGUUUUACGAUGUAUAAACCUGAUCAACAGUGCUGAUGUAUAAUAACGUGUUGUUAGGAUUGACUGGUCCACAAGCCUAUGUCAUAUAUACCUUGGGCUUGUUAUUUUUAUGCAUUGAUAAAUAGGUUGUUUCGUGUACAGAAAUGUUUAUUUGAAUUUAAUUAUGUCAAAGAUACCUUGCAGUAUGAGUGUGUUUCUUCAUUUUGGCUUAUGUUAUUUCUUUAUCUUGUGUACUUACAGAAUACAUGACUCUAUAUUGUUGAUAUAUUCUCUGUGCCAUAAGAACUGAUGCACACCAGCCUUUACUACAAAACGUCGUAUUUUAUUUCAAGUCCUAUGUUUAGACAUUGUAUGCAUACUUUAGUUCAAAUAAGAGAUGGGGAAAAAAUGUGUUUCUUGCAUGAUGUUUGGCAUAACCCUAAUUUUAUUAAUUUUAUGGUAAUAAGGAACUGUGUAAUCAUACGGAAUACCAGAUCAGAUACUGAUCAGUCCACGCCCACAUCACAGCUUUAGUUAAAAACGGAAUUAAGUUACAACCAUACUAAGUAACUUGUGUAAGAAAGAGCUCAUCAAAUUUUUCAUGAUUAGUAUAUGUAUUUAAUGAAAGGGGGGUUGUAAUUAAAUUGUAUGAAAUGUAUUUUGCAGUGAUUUUCUGUCUAAAUAUUUUUUUGCAAAAAUUCUUUGGCUAUUGCGGUGAACAAUUUUUUGACCCAUCUUGCUCCUGAUUCAGCAAAAUUAUGAUUUUGACCCAAUUUAGAAAAAGCUUUGUUGUUCAUUGAAAGUUCUCUGAGAGUGAAAGUGAAAAUACAUCAGAGACCCACCCCCAAAUGUCCAGUAUGCAUCGUCAGUUUUCUAUCAUCAUUUUAUUACUGACUCCAUUUUUCGUUUUAUCACGAGAAGGAGGUGACUUGCUCAGUUUUAGAUUUCUGAUCCGGGGAUUUUAAUGUGUGAACAAAAUCAACUUUUCACGGUUGUUCUGAAACAUUGUAAACAUAGUUUAUCUGUAUGAUGUAUGCAUAAUUUUAAUCAGAAUAAAAUUGUUUUAUGCAAUUUGAAAUUUAUGCUGAUAAAAUGCUUUGAAAUAAAUCAAACCACUAAUCAUCUGGUACUUGUAUGUAAUUUGUAAAUCAUGGAGAAUAAACUAUUUACUUUUUGUAUUA